GAGCCGCCGGCCGACUUCAUUUGCCCGAUCACAACCGAGCUCAUGAGUGACCCGGUGAUGGCGGCGGACGGGCAUUCGUACGAGCGGUCGGCGAUCGAGCGCUGGCUCGCGACCAAGUCGACGAGCCCGAUGACGGGCGAGACGCUCGUGCACAGCUUCCUCGCCCCCAACCACACGCUGCGCCGGCAGAUCCGUGAGUGGGAAGAGGCGCGGGCUUGA